GCCUUGAACCCUACCUCCCUCCCCCUGCUCGCCCCCGCGCCCCGCCCCCAAAUCCUCAUCCAAUUCCAAGCCCCAAAACCUCUCAAAUCUGUCUCCAGAUCUCCCAGUUGUCGCUGGAUUCGGCCGCAGGUUUCUCCUUAUAUCUGCGGAUUCGUACUCAGGCGGUCCGCGGCGUCCGGAUCUGGGGGAGGCCGGCUGAUUUCUAGGGUUUCUCCGUUCCGGCGUCCCAGGCGGCUCCAUGAAUUCCAUGGGAUACAAUCCCUAUGAUAGCAGCGGGACAGACGAUGAUCUCCCCCGGUCACAAAAUAGAGGAUUAAGAGGACGUUCAUUCAGUGGGAAUGGGAGAGCAUCUGUUGGACCAUUUCCUUAUGGAAGACCUCACAAUGAUUUGGAGAGUGAAGUACAUCUGGUCGAGCAAGAGGCGUACACUGGCGUUCUUAGAGCAUUCAAAGUGCAGUCUGAUGCAUUGUCUUGGGAAAAAGAAAGUCUAAUUUCUGAACUCAGGAAAGAACUGAGAGUUUCUGAUGAGGAACAUAGGGAGCUAUUAAACAAGGUUAAUGAAGAUGGGGCCAUCCGUAGAAUGAGGGAGUUGAGACAGGGGGGUGAAACCCAGAGUGGCCUGCACCGUGGUAGCAGAGUUCUUCAUGAUGGAGAACCUGGGACAGCUGCCAAGAGGCAACGGCCAUCUCAUUUAUUUUCUUCACAUUCUUCAGGUCUCCAGUCUCCUGUGAUGCCUCCACAUUCAGUUCCGCCUUCUGCAAAGUGGGGCCCAUCAUCAGCAUCAAAGGGCAAAAAGGCAAAGCCGAUGACGCCAGUGGGAUUGCCAUCCAUGGAUCCAACUUCUUUGAUUAGCAGAAAAGUUUUUACGAGAUGGCCAGAUGACAACAACUUCUAUGAGGCCACUAUAACCCGUUACAAUCCUGCUACGGGUGAACAUGCUCUUGUCUAUGACAUGGGCAAACCAACUGAGACAUGGGAGUCUGUCAGGCUUAGUGAUAUGGCACCUGAAGAUAUAAGAUGGGACCUUGAUGAUCAAGGUAUGUCAAAUCGAGAUAGUUGGGGUCCUUCUGGUCCUGUGUUAAAGAGGCACCAAAGCAACAAUGGUACCAUGGUAGUUUCAGGCAGGGGGAGAGUGAGACUGUCACAGAAUGAGCAUAAAGAUUAUGCUGCGCCCCCAAAUGGCAUCAACAGGAAUAUUGGUCAGAUUGAUGUGCCGAACACUCAAAGUGUCGUGAUAGAGGUGGAGAGGGUACUGUCAAAUCCAAAUAUCCGUGAAAUUGAGAAGGCAAAGAAACUGCUAACAGAUCAGGAGCAGUCACUACUUGAUGCAAUUGCCAGUCUUGACGAAGCAUCAGAUAGCGAAAGUGAAGAUAUGGCUAUGGAAGGCCGAAUGGGUUCUGCUGGUGAUCACUUGGGUAGGAACGGCAUUGCCUGUUAGUUGUCACCAGCAGUGUGUUGGAGGAUAUUAACAGGACUUUUUGGACCACCUGCCUUAUUCACUAGACAAAGUGAUGUAAUGGAAAAAUAUGCAUGCCAAAAAAGGCUGUUGUUCCCUGGGAUGAGUUUCUUUGUCUGCCCAAAAUUCACACUUGGGAAAGGAUGAAUCUGCUUGAAUCGAAAAACUUUUCUGGUGCCUUUCCUUAGUGACUUUGGCGGUGGUAUUUCCUCUCUAAUGGACUAGAGUAACUCAAAUCUUCUAGAUAUUGUUAUUAACAUAAAUCAGUUGAAGAUUCUUGUGCUCGGUGAAUGCAGCUGUUUAACCCUUGGGGUGUAACUUCCGUUU